CCAUGUGACUCCUGACGCUGGAGGCGAGCAGCUAAAAGGAAUGAGGCCGGGACGGAUCCUCACCGGGGGAUCCACGGUGGCUUCCUGACGUCCGCCUCAAGGAAGUCCGACAAGCAGCCUGCUUACCGACCGACCGACCGACCGACCGACUUCUUAUUUAGCCGCCGCUGUCGACUCGUGAUGUCUGGCGAACACAAGGAGGGACAGGAGGCUAUGAACAUGUACUCCGUUACCCUGAGCGGCCCAGCUCCAUGGGGCUUCAGGCUGCAGGGCGGAAAGGACUUCAGCAUGCCUCUCACCGUAUCAAGGCUGACGCCGGGCGGAAAGGCAGCUCAGGCUGGUGUCGGAGUGGGAGACUGGGUGGUGUCCAUCGGUGACGCCAACGCCGAGGACAUGACCCAUGUAGAGGCACAGAACAAGAUCAGAGCAGCAACAGACUCCCUCACCCUCAGCCUCAGCAAAGCUUUCAAAGCAGGUGGAGACCAGAAGGACUCACUUGCUACAGCUUCUGCUCAGCCAAAGUACUCCUUUGCCCCAAGCACAACCAUUAACAAGAUGGCGAGGCCAUUUACAGCAGGUGGUGGUAGUGCCAACUCAGGACCUGUUAUUAAACCUGUGGCCUACUCGCCUAAACUUAACACUCAACGCUCACAAGGCCAUGCCAGUACACAACAGCCACACAAUGGCCUUGAGCCAACUCCCUCACCUGCCAAGGCCCAAGCAGCAGAUAAACCAGAUGACUCUAAGACUGCAGCAGCAAGCAGCUCUGGUCAGUCCUGCAGACCACCGUGGGUCACUGACCCGAACUUCGCUGACCGCUUUCGACCAGACAAGACCAGCACCGUCGUGACCCAGCACCAGCAGCUGGCCCAGCCGACGCCUAUGCAGAACCGCAGCUCCAUCCUGCAGGCAGCUCAGCAGGCCCCUGAAGACAGUGGGAGGACCCCAGUAUGUGGCGCCUGCAACAAAAUCAUCAGGGGCCGGUACCUGGUGGCGCUGGGACGUUCUUGGCACCCAGAAGAGUUUACGUGUUCACAGUGUAAGGCUGUCCUGGAGGAGGGGGGCUUCUUCGAGGAACGAGGGUCUGUCUACUGCACCAAGUGCCACGAUAGCCGAUAUGCUCCUAACUGUGCCAAGUGCAAAAAGAAGAUCACAGGGGAAAUCAUGCAUGCCCUGAAGAUGACCUACCAUGUUCAGUGUUUCAAGUGUGCAGCCUGCAAGAAUCCCAUCAGGAACCAGGCUUUUUACAUGGAGGAGGGUGAACCCUACUGUGAGAGAGACUAUGAGAAGAUGUUUGGCACCAAAUGCCAUGGCUGUGACUUUAAGAUUGAUGCCGGGGAUCGGUUCCUGGAGGCCCUGGGCUACAGCUGGCAUGAUACGUGCUUCGUCUGUGCCCUCUGCCAAAUCAACCUGGAGGGUAAGACGUUCUACUCAAAGAAGGAUAAGCCCCUGUGCAAAGGCCAUGCCUUUGCUCCAGUGUGAGAGAUCGAGCUCCAUCUUCAGAAGAACGAGCACUUCUCUCUCUCUCCUCCUUUCCCUCUGACACAUCGUAUACACUCUACUUCCCGUUUGCCAACCACACACCUAGUCUAACUCUUUUUUUAUCUGUCCUGCAGUCUUUGUUUUUCUGUACUUGUGGCUUAAUGCUAGCUUCACAUACCGUCACUUUACUGUGCUGUGAGGACAUUUCAGAUGUCACUGCCUGUAAUACCAAAUGCUGUGUUGCAUAACUGGAAGUAUUCAAGGAAUUAUUUCAUGUCAUCGCUAACUUUUUUGACUUUUUAGACUGGGCUUACAAACGCCCCCAAAAAGUGUCUUAUUCAUCCAGAUUUGAUCGUUAGUGAAGAAAUCUCUACGUCACGUCAGUGUCUUCCAAGUUGAACGAGUCAUUGAGCCUCUAAUAAUCUCAUGUAUUGCAGUAAUGAUCUGCCACUUGUCCUGCACUAAGUGUAGAGAAGUGGUGGCCCCGUUCAGGACCCCGGCCCACUCAGUGGCUCUUGCCGCAGUGCCCUUUAAUAUAAUGGGGCCAGUCGAGCAGAAAAGGGCGAGGAGGUGUCCCAUUUCUGCAUGACUGGAGCGCCUCCACAAGAACCACUAAAUGCUUUAACUUUUCACUUCGGCUCUGGCAAAUCGGAGCACCUACUGCAGUUUUAUCUGUAACUUUCAGUCAUUUAUUAAUCCCUAAUUGAUCCAGAUUUAACUGUCACACAUGUGCGAUGGAGAACAUACUAUUAUUUAUAAAUGUUUUACAUUCCUACAGUAGAGAUUAGCUUUGAUUGUUCAUUUUUAUGUAUGAAAAAACAAAUCUGUCAUAUGUGUCCCUCAAGUUGCUAUCAUAUUGUGAUCAUUCCUUAGAGUACUUUCAAGCCAUUGCUGAAUAUGUAUUUAAGUUGCUUCCGAACUGGCCUGUAAGUGUUGUUUUUAUAGCUGCUGAAAGUUUCAAAUAAAAUAAUUUAGUACUACCAUGA